AUGGAGGUCUUCGUCGGAAGGAUACCAGCUACCCUGGACGGUGCAGCCAUCGAACGCUUCAUCUAUGCUCUCGUUCAGAAGGAAUGUAGGCUCACUACGACUUCUGUGUCUGCUAGCGCAACCGGAGUCACAGCGAAGGACAUCAACAAAGGCUUUUACUUCAAGCGCAUUGAUACAAAGUACGAGAACGAUUUCGGCAUCAUCACAUUCGCUGACGUCAAGGUAGCCCAAUGGUUCAUUUCGCGUGCACAAACUACAGACUUCGUCUGGAAGUAUAAUCUGAAGGUAGACGAGGCUCGACAAGUCCCGACGAAAGCUUUCAUCCAAGCGAUCGAAGAGAACGCAACGGAGCAACAACCUUCCGCGAGCAGACAGCAGCACGAACGCACCUUUCAACUCGAUCUGGUGCGCGUUGGUUACUGGUCAGCCAAAGACCGCUUCAGCUAUACGCAAAGUCUAUCUGACGACUACAUGCGCCUUAGCAUUGAUGAGCAAGGCGUCAUAAAGAUCAUUCACGGUCAAGGCUCUCUCUCCUUUCUUCCCCGGGAUGUACGAGCGUACAAGCAAAUACAAGCGGAACCCCUCCAUAGCUUUCUCUUCGACCUUCACCACAAUCCGCUCCUUCGAGGCGAACUUGCUCCUCCAACACGCUCGCCACAUCACUUCAGCUUUCCAUCUAGAGUCGUCAUGAUCGACUUUCGCGCUCAUCGUCUCUCAAAGCUCCUUAUCGAUCUCUUCGUCGACACAAAAAAGGACGAAGUCGAUCCACGACAGAUUCAAGUGGUCCAGGACAACAAUGGUCCAAGAAUAUCCGCCUUCUUCCAGCGCAGUGCAGAGCUCGACAUCGAGCUGGCUUUCCUUCGCGAGAUCCUUCUCCGCAACGAGUUGGUGGGAAUUUCGGUUCUCAGAGAUCUCGGCGAGCGUAUCGACAAAUUGGUCCGGCGGGGACAGUCAAAGCUCGCUGUGCUCAUUUUGAAGAAUCUCGUUCCCCGACUUGAAGCUCGAAAGGAGAGGGGUAAAUCGGAGGAGCAGACUCGCAAGAUCGCCCUUCGCCUUUGGCAGGAGGCUUCUGAUGAAGCGGUCGGGAACGGUGUCAACGGCUUGCUCACCUUCUUCGAGCCAUCCUUGUCGAACGACGAUGGUCUCCUGUCGCAGUUCUUACAUAUAGAUGUGACUCCUACCCGCAUCUUGCUCUCCGGCCCACACUAUCACAUGUCGAACCGCGUCAUCAGGUCUUACCGAGAUCAUUGGCACCACUUUGCACGAGUCACUUUCACCAACGAGAGUCGCGAGGGAGCUACGACCAUCAACCCCAAUUACGGAUUUGACGAGAGCGAGCAUUACAUCCUAGACCGCGUGCUGACUUUUCUCAAGGAGGGCAUCAACAUUGCUGGCCGUCAUUGGGACCUGCUCGCAUGGUCGUCGUCAUCCAUGAGCACCCACACCGUCUGGUUUGUUACACCUUUCACAGACAAGCACGGUCGUAAAAUCGACGCCGACUUCAUUCGCAAGAGUCUUGGCGACUUCAAGGAUGUCAUCCGUAAGCCCGCGCUCUACGGAGCUCGUCUGUCUCAAGCUUUCAGUGCCACCGCCAGUACCGUGCAUAUCCCUCAAGAGCUCAUGUACGAGUUGCCGGACAUCUAUACGCACACGGAUCACGGCAAACAGAACCACACGGAUGGAGUCGGCCAAAUCUCUCCAGCAUUGAUGGCCGACGUCUGGGAAAGCUAUGUGUCCACACAUGGCGAACAUCGGAAACGUAAGCUGCUCAAGGCCUCUGCGCCCUCUGCAAUCCAGAUCCGUCUCGGCGGUAGCAAAGGUAUGCUUGCGGUAAAUCCGAGAUUGCAAGGCAAGAUGGUCUGCAUCCGGAGGAGCAUGUUUAAAUUCAGCUCUGAACAUCAGAGCCUCGAGGUUGCCAACUCCUCUACGCGCUGCCUACCUGCGAAGCUCAACCGUCCCCUCAUCAAUGCCCUCGAUUGUCGCGAAGUCCCUGCACAGGCCUUCCUCGACAUUCAAAAGGAGGCGAUCUCGCAGAUCGGUCGAGCUCGAUCCAAGUUCAACGAGACGGCUAGAUUGUGCUCCGCUUUCAGUUUCGGCACCGGCUGCAAUCUUCGGAUCUUGUUCGAAAAGAUUCACCGGGCUGGUCUCGGGGCCUCAACCGUUCACGCCGAUAGCUUCUUCUUGGUUCUGGCCAAAGCCGUGACGGCAGCUGCGCUAGGCGAUAUGAAGCGAAAAGCUCGAAUUCCUGUCAAAGGAGUCACUCUUCUGGGCAUAGCAGACGAAUUCGCCUACCUGAAAGAAGGAGAGAUCUUUGUGCAAGUAGAGACGGUCGAAUCAUACCAGGUGAACAGGAGGAUCUUGACGGGACGAAAGCUGAUCGGUCGAUCACCCACCAUCGACCCUAGCGACAUCACAAUGGUCGAAUGCCGCAAGCCGCCACCUGGACACCCCUUGCUUCAGUUGCGCAACGUCAUUGUCUUCAAUACUUGCAAGAAGAAACAGCCUUUGCCUCGAAGGCUAGGUGGAGGGGAUCUUGAUGGCGACCUCUACACCGUAUACGAGGAAGAGCGAAUCUUCCCUCACUCUCACCAACCUGAUGCAGUCUUUCAUGACAAGGUCGAGCCCUUGAGGCUCUUGCAGGAUUGCAACGCGCACGACCUUGCAGAUUUCUUCGCCGAUUUCAUGCUCAACGACUUCAUUGGUCUGGUGUCACACCUGCAUCUGCGAAUCGCCGAUGCUAGCGAGUAUGGGUCCGAGGAUCCACGCUGCAAGACGUUGGCCAAAUUACAUUCGCAGGCGACAGAUUUCCGGAAAACAGGUGUUGCUGUCAAGCGAAACCAACUUCCAAGGAUGCGCGAACCCAUCAUUCCUGACUUUCUCGCACAGUCAGAGAAGCGAGACGGGAAGCUGGUGUAUCAGAGCAGUCGCGUGCUCGGCCAAAUGUAUCGUGAGGUCAGUUGGGGAGAGACGGAUACUCCAAGUCUGGACAAGAACACGGAUGCAGAGACAGGGCUCGAACGCGUUCCGUACGAUGAAUGGGAUGCUCAAGAGGAUGAAGAAGCUGACUCCGAGCUUGGCAGCGACUACGAGCCUCACGAGCACAGUGUCGGAAGCUCUGUAAGAGCGACCAUGGGGGCCGGAACCGCACCUGCUUUCUCGACGACUGCCCCGAGUGACAACGGAACGAGCUCUCAUCCAGCUCCGUCAAACUCGCUCGCUUCGAGGAUCUCCGGUGUCGCGUUACCGCGCCCAAGCUCUGAACACUCUGUUGACGCUACGCCGUGGCAGUUUAAGGAUCGGACUUUCCCGCAGUUGCUCGAACGCAUCGGGUGGACCAACGAAUACUUUCUGAAAUCUGCCGAAGACGACGCAGCUGUCACUGCAGAAGGAUUUCGCUAUGUUGGCGUCUUUCUUUGGUUCAUCAGACGUCUGCGUUCUCUUUCGAGACAGAUCGCCCAAUAUCACCCAGAUCACGCCAAGCUCAUGAGAGGAUUGGGCGGCUCGGGUACACCCAUAGAUGGGAUGUAUCUGAUUUCAGAGGUCUAUCUCCUCACCGGCCGUCUCCCGUGGGCGGGGGUAGCAAAGCGUACUCGAACGGAGCGUGACAACGACCUGCUCGACAAUAUGCAGUCCAAUUGUACGGUGUUACGUAAGAACUUGUGCCGUGUCUCGGAAGCGGGGGCCUUUGGCUCUCGAGACAACAACAGCCAUGGUCAAGAAGCUGAAGGUGCUGCAGGUGAGCAUACCGAUACAUCAGAGCUAUCGCAGCCUUCGUCGACGGUCGUGACUCGGGAAGGGCAAAGUUCGGAAAGCGAGGGUCGGAGGGGUGCUUCGUCUUCGUCACGACUUUCGGACGGGAAUGGAAGUGAAUUCACACCCCAUGAGUCCGACUCGAUGGAUGAAGAGACUCCUUUGGAAAAUAGCUCGCGCUCCCCAACGCCACGUCCACAACAGGAAGGAAACGCAUCGGAGACGGUGAUGAACACGAUCCAACCUGGGCCCAAUCGUGCUGAAGGUGCUGCUGGUCUUAAGAGGAAGGCUUCGCAAGAGGGGAACGAUGCUGACAGACGCAGUCGCUCGCUGACACCGACGACUUUGUCCGUAGACACAUUCAGAUCGCACGGUCAAUCAGUGAUUCCUGUUGCAACGGUCGAGGGUGCUUCGACGCCGAGGGCCAAUCAAUCCACGCUUUCAUCAUCACAACAAGAUUCUACUGCAUCCCUUCUCACUUCAAUGGUCAAGGCCGACAUCUCCGAGCAGAUUUUCGACAAAACUGGCGCUGGCGCUGAAUUGGACGACAUGAUCUCUUUCGACGACACGGACGACGGCAACACGACAGAAGCGGACCACGAGUCCGAAGCAGAAGAAGGAGAGCUUACAGUGGAAUCAGCGCAGAAAACGGUCGACUCACUGUGGCGAGCAUGUCACUUUUUCUGCUCGCCUCUACGACCCCGCUACUCGAAUCUCUACGGAUACAACACCUUCAUGAUUACACUCACCUUGCAUCUGCUGUCAACCUUGGAGACGCUCAAGCAUCUCCAGCGCGAUCAGGUCGGCGGUGUCGGUCGAAGAUACUUCCAAGGAUCUUCAAGAAAGGGCAAAGCACCGGUGAGGACGGAACAAGAUCCCUACCACGAUCCUCUAGAGCAAUUUGAAGAAGAGGAGGAGGAGUACGAGUUUGGCGAGGGGGAGAUGAUGGAGAACGACGAUAGGGAGGUGGAUGACGGUUACAGUUUGACGGAGGAGACGAUGAGAGCGCUGAAUUUGGGCCAGAUACUGUUGGACGAUAUGGCGCCGUCCGUGCUUGGGUUUGACGGUUGA